GGAACUUACCUGGCGAGUUCCCGUGGGGUUCCCCGUUCGGAGGGACGGGUUUAAAGGGGCCACGGCAACGAGCGGAGCCUCGGCUCGUGUGUGCCCCGACGCGGAAAGCCGGUUAGUCGGUCUCAAUCCGCCGCGGCGUUCGCGUGAAGUCGGUUGCGCUCGAAACCGGCGUGGCUCCGCUAAGAUUCGCGCGCGGUUCAAACGUCGAUCGAUCCGGCCCGCGAAAACCGAAGAGGAAAAGAGAAUUCGACACUUCCGGUGCGCGCGCGCGUCAGCUCCGUCUCGCGGCGGCGCCGAGUCGCCGAGAAGAUUCUUUUGUUUUCGGUACGAUCUCCGGGUGUUGCGGUGGUUUGGUGCACGUGGUCGCGGAUUCAUACGUGAGUUCAGCGAUUGGGUAGCCUACGCGCACGAAGGGAUGUCAACGUGACGAGCCGAUUGUAAAAAGAGCUGCGAUGCCGUAGCCGUCGCUAUGACCGAGAGCCGGUGCUACACGGAUUCGCCCGUGCUCGCCGAACAUCAGCCCUUCAACCGGAAUGGGAAGGCGCUCAGGGGAUCCAAGAAGAGCGUGCUGUUCUAUACGACCGACUGCGGGGACGAAAAGGAGGACCUGGGUCUCAAGCUCCAGCAGCGAUCUGUCUCGUUGACCGCGCUGCACACCGGGGUUGGAGGCCAGCAGCAACAGCUACUGGAGCCUAGAAUGGCGCAACUGGAGACUCUGGAGGCUAAGAUGGCCAGUAUUGAAGUGUCACUAUCGACGACGCCAAGGCGGAAGAAAGGCGGCAGCAUCUCCGGAGGCGUCACGUCUCCCGCUGGCCAUCGCAAUCGAGAUCAUUACAAAGAACUGGACGCCCUGCGAGUCGCGCUGCGCGACAAGGAAAACAUCAUACAGACGCUGAAGGGCCAGCUCUGCAACACGCUGAGCAGCAGACUGGCAUUACGCAACGGCGCGCCACCCUUGACCGAGGCUGACAGGAAAGCGGCCGAGGAGCGGCUUCAAAGGCUGCGACGGGACGCCGACAAUAAGCGACUCGCCAUUAAGAAUCUCAAGCUGGCUCUCGAGCGUCUCGAUAUCACGGAUAAUAUCGACGUUCGAAUACAGCAAGCGGAACUGGAGUACAGACUCGGUCGCGAGGAACUUGAGCUACUGACCCUUCACGAGGAGAGCAGAGCCCUUCAGGCCGCUUUGGAGUUGGCCGAAACUCAAGAAAAACAAAAAUAUGAUACAAUAUUCAGCUGCAUUUCCGGCUCGACGCAAGUCACGAUCCACGCGGUGGAAAUUACCGCAGACCCCAAGAGCCCGCGUUUCGGGGCCGGACCCAGAGACGACGCGAUCGGCCUCUACGUCGACUGGGCCGUGGAGGAGUCCGGUCUCUGCAAGGGGGACAGGAUCUUGGAGGUGAACGGGAAGCUGGUGGUGGGAGCGGGCAGGAGCGAUUUGGCGCGGCUGCUGGCCGUUGCACCCGACGCUGCGCAAAUAGUGGUUCUUCGAAAAGGCGAGUCCCUCGCGGCGUUGCGCACACUUCGCUCCGAUAAUCUCAGACUGACGCACAGGAUCGGCUAUCUUGAGGAGCAGGUCAGAGAUCUCCUGGCGCCGAGCAGAACCGAGGUCCCCGCCGACCCACCGCCGAGUCGCCAGGAACAUGUACAGGUUUUCCAAAAGGGACCUCAAGUGACAGCGCUGGUGGCGAAUCUGCCGGGUCUCAACGUGAGAAGUUCUACGGAACUGCGGCAGAGUUUGCCGACCAUCAGAAGUAGACACGGCGAUCACUCCAGACGUUCGGCGGACGUAAGAAGUCCUCGCGAACUCGAUUUCUCGUCCGAUGGGGUCUCGAAUGGCCAUCAUAAGCCCCGAAAUCGGCAAAAGCAUCAGGGACUGCAGUUGGCCAGGUCGACGGCCAGUCUGGACUGCAAGUCACCGAUGCAGUCGCAGAUCCAACGUCGGAGAUCACCGCGUAUCGAAUCCAGCAUGGAACACUUGCACAAAAGCCGCAAGAACGGCUCGCAGCUGCAGUCCCUAGAGUUCGACUCCGAGCCGACUUAUUAUCGCCUACAGGAUUCUCAGUCUCGCGCCUCGGAGAAUUCGGAAACGUCAGCGGUGUACAGCUCCCAGGAGACCAAGACCCGUCCGGCGCCGCCGAAGAAGCCGCUGCGACUCUCCCUGCAUCGCGCGACGAGUCUCCAAUCGGUGGAGAGUGCGCCGCCGAGCGCACCGCAGCACGAUGUUGUGCGAAAGCCGACGAAGAGGAACCACCGUGGCGAUCCGCCCACAGAGAAGAGCUCCGCAUCACGAACGGAAGUGAAUACAAAUGGGGAUACAAAUCUGAGCGCACAGGAAUCCCACGUUAAUCCACCUCAGCCACCCCCAAGGACACCCUCCAGGGCGGAAUCGUGUCAGAGCGCGCUGCGAUGGCCGUCUCCGAAGCCGAGACCGCACUUGACGUCCGUGCCGAUGGAAAAAUGGUGCUGAACAUUAAGAAGGCACACGGACGCUAUUCCCAAGCACGAAGAGACGAAAGAGAUGAAGAGUGAAGAAUGUUUUCCAGUACAAUUGAAAAGCAUAUAUCAAACUCAUUCGAUACAGUUUUUUUUUCUCAAUAUUGCGAGAAGAUCGGAGCAAAGUCGACGUUGACGAUAAGGACAACAGCAGGCAUGAAAAAGUAUUCACAGCGAAUUCUCGAAACGUGUGUGAUUUAAGAGUGACGUGAUAUGAUAGAUUGGUGAUGUGAAACUGAGUUUGCUUUGUUAUAUCUGGCGCUUUGCGCAUUCCAGCGAUUUCUCAUGAUUAAAAUUAUAGUUUUAAGCGUGUAACGUAAGAAACACAUAUAUAGGCUGUACAAUAUCAUGGUAUGUUAUAGAAGCACGUCACAUUACGGGAAUAUAAUAUUUAAUAAUUACGGGAAUAUAAGAUUUAAGUUCGUAACAAAGUUCUGGAGCUCCUGCUCCAUCGAAUUUCACAUACUCAUUUCCUUAAGUAAAACACGUUCAUAUCGUCCGAGACAAUAAAAAAAAAAUAUAAGACUGAUAAAUCAAAUGUGGACCAAAGGAUUGCGAGUCCAUAUAACGCGCCUAAGAUCUCUAGCUAGUGCAUCUCAGGUUUAAGUUACAGAAAAAUGUAACUGUUUAUCUCGAAAAUUCUUUCUUGGUUUAUGAAAAUAAUAUUAACGCUUUUCAAGAAAACGUCACUGCUUUUUAUUUAAAAACUUUUUUAAUAAAGCGAUCUCACAGUCAAUUUGCUACUACAAUCACACUAAAUUUGAUCUAAGGCUGCAUAGAGUUUAUUUAAUGCAAAUGUCCAUACGUCCAGGUAUUAAUUAAAUUUGUACAAGCAGCACGGAAAUACCAAAUUUACACGUACUACGCGCUCCCAAUUUCCGUCAUUAUUAAUUUCAAUAAUGUAUGUAAUUUAAUCUAAUUUGCCAGGAAAUGCAUACAUAAUCCGUUAAUGUAAUUCUAUGUAUAAAGAUAGUAAAUAUACUCAACCUUGUAAUUUUACGUACAAUAAAAUUAGUGUUAUCAUGUAGCUCUGUUAAUUAGGUGUACAAAUGUAUAAAACUAUAUAUUCUGGCCUAAUAAUAUUGCGGUAUAUCGAGCAACAAUAAAAACUGCGAGUACAAUUCACGUCGUGAAUAUUAUGUAUCGAAAAAUAAUUAUUCUGUAGCUGUCAAUCACUUUUUAUUUUAAUAGCGAAGUGAUUGGCCACGUUAGGGUGAAAAUAAAAUUUCGUACAAAGUACGUUAAACGUACAUUAGAAUGUAUCCUUACGAUGUUUAAGUUUAGCACUGGUACUAAGACAAAUUAAGAGUGCAUAUAACAGUAGUAGUCUACGAGUUCUCUCCUUUAGUUCUUGGCGCGCUAGCAAUAAUUAAUAGUUGACGCAAGUAUAAAGUGUCGUUUCUUCAAAUUGCUAGUCCUGUCGUAAUUGCGACGACAAUACAAUUCGAUGAUGUGCGCGCGUCAAUGCAACAUGUUGCACACACAGUGUACAACGUCAUCUAGAUUUAUCAAGUUGUAUCAUACAUUAAAUAUCAUUAAAUAAAAGAAUUUUUCAAAAUUAA